AAAAUCUUGCUUGUACACCUCACUGCUAGAGAGAAAAGAGAGGAUGAUGAAGAUCAGAAGAAACGUUUAAAGGAGGUAGCUUCUGGGGAAGAUACGACCAUUUCAGCAAUGGUGUUACCAACAGACACGUCCUCCACCCAGCAGUCUCCAGCUGAUGUAUGUCCCCAUGAUGUCUUGUAUGUCACUGACCUCAUAACUUUUUCUUCUCGCUUCUGUGGCACAAAUUCACCAUUGAACAAGGACAUGGCUUUUGGGUCUUCUCUGAAGAUGGUAGAGGUCAUUGUGGAGCUGAUCACUACCACCGAUCGUGGACGGGGCUUUGCGAUGCUGUUUGAGUACAGGAAUGAUACAGAAUCAAUCGCCGUGAACGAUUCGACGGAGGGGAAAGAGAAUAUCAUGAUGCUGGUCAUCAUAACAGGGAUUCUGUUCUUUGCACUUGUUCUGUUGUCCACACUCUGUAUUGCUUGCAGGCAGCAGCUGUGUCCCAAAAGGACCUCUCUGGAUGUACGCUGUGACCAGGAGAACGGGAUCCAGAAUGCCGGCAUUGAUAUCAAUGAGCUCCGCUUGGUCAUGCCAAGCCAAGAGAACGAAAACAACAACCACUCUGUUGGGGGAAAUGGAGCGGUCACUUCUUGCGAAGGCAGCACAGAACGUUCCCCACCACAAACCGACCCAGAUGUACCCUCUUCAAUGUCGGCAGUGACCACGGAGUCUGGAAGUGAUGAAGUGUUUAUUAUUUCAGCCGGUCCUGGAGCUAGCGGCUUGAGUUUUACCUCUUACAGAAUCCAGGACAAAAGCCUAAAGAGAAGCAUCACGAGUCCGGGCUCUGUUUCUGAUUGGCGGACGACCGAUCACACCGAUCGAGGCACAGGUGCUACGGAGAAAAGGCUGGCACAGACCGAGAGCCACUGCCCCAGGCAACGGACAUGGAGCGCACGCGCUUUUCAGGAUUUACUGGCUCCAUUACCUCAGCUACAGAAGAAAUGGUGCAGCUGGACAACCAACAGCCCUUUCACAAAACUGGUGAACAGCAGUGGCUUUUCUACAUCAACAAGAAACCCAACAGCAGCGACAAGGAAAAUAACGUCUGCGGCGGAGAUCGAGGGGAUGUCGGAGCUGACGUACUCAGACUCAUCGGCCAGCACCGCGUCCUACCCAUUGACACAUUCGGCGCAAAAACAGCGCAAGUUAAGCAGCUGUAACUUGAAGAGAUCCCGCUUUGGAAACCCUUACUUCGGAUUUUUGACAAGCUCUCCUGACAGUAACCAUCCAAGGCCAUCUGAUCCCUCAAAGCCUUUGAACGUCAGGUCUCCAGGCAACGGCCAAAGCCAGGGACUGAAUGAGCCUCUGGAAGGUCCCAUCCAACUCAAAAACGCUGUUUCAAAGUCCAAGGAGCUCUCCUUGGAAAUGGAUAAACCCAAAGCUGUUUUUGUGAUUUCUGAAGAAGGGGAUGACCAACAGCCACUGGUUUUAGCAGAGCAUAUUAAUCCAUAUGCAGAUGCUUUACCCGAACCAAAUGUCCCCAUGCACAGUCAAGCGAUGGCCAUGAUAGAUGAGCAGCCAACGAGCCGAACUAUUCAAGGAGAAGGCUUUGCCGAGCCCCCUGGCACCAGGACAGAAUUAGACCUUUGGGGGGAGCACCCCAGUUCAUACAGAGAUUCCUCCAAGGGCUGCCACGUAUAUAAGGAACAAAACAACUACGCACCGGUUACAGAGCCCAAUGACGCUCAUCAGACUUUUGACUCCUUAGCAUCUCACACACUGUGCCAAACUUCAGUUCAAUAA